AUGGGUUUCUUCGCAGCCAGUAACGGCGAGCUAAAGCAGGCUGUCGUUACCAAUGCCUCUGACAGCGGCAAUGAAUCCUCCGGGUCUGAUGACCACAUCUUCUCUGAUCCUUCUGUAGCCGAUCACUGGCGAAAGGUCUAUGAGAAGGCCAACUAUGAGAACCGUCACCGGUUUGAUCCCAACUACAAGUGGGAGCCUGAGGAGGAGAAGAGACUCGUAAGGAAGAUUGAUCUUCGAAUCACCCUCUGGGCAUGGAUCAUGUUCCUGUCUCUGGACUUCCACCGCCGUAAUAUCAAUCGCGCUAUUUCGGACAAUAUGCUGCCGGAAAUAGGCAUGAACACCAAUGACUUCAACUACGGCCAAACGAUCUUCCUCGUGUGCUUUCUCUCGGCCGAAUUGCCCAGUGGUCUCAUCAGCAAGAAAUUGGGCGCUGAUCGAUGGAUCCCAUUCAUCAUCUGCGCGUGGUCACUCCUCGCUGGAAGCCAGGCCGCUCUCCACAGCAGAAGCGCCUACUUUGCCAUCAAGGCCUUCCUAGGUCUUUUCAUGGGUGGAUUCAUUCCCGAUAUUGUGCUAUGGCUCACCUACUUCUACAAGUCAGGAGAGCUGCCUAUCCGUCUAGCCUUUUUCUGGACUGCUCUGAGCACUAGUAACAUUAUCGGAUCUCUUCUGGCUUCCGGCAUUCUGCAGAUGCGAGGUGUUUUGGGAUGGGGAGGAUGGCGAUGGCUAUUCCUUCUUGAGGGUAUUAUGACUUUCAUUAUCGGACUUUUCUCCUGGGUUCUCAUGCCUCCCGGCCCAUGCCAGACUAAGAGCUGGUUCCGUGGCAAGGACGGCUGGUUCAACGAGCACGAGGAGUACAUCAUGGUGAACCGACUGCUGCGAGAUGAUCCCAGCAAGGGCGACAUGAACAACCGACAAGCUGUUAACCUAGCCAAGCUCUGGCGUGCUGUGAGCGAUUGGGAGCAAUGGCCGCUGUACCUUAUCGGUCUCAUGGUCUACAUCCCCCCCUCGCCCUUCAGCACCUACCUCUCGUACAUUCUCAGGGAGAUUGGCUUCUCGGUUUUCCACGCUAAUCUGCUCGCUAUUCCAUCCCAGUUCCUCUACGCCGUCAACCUGCUUAUCAUCACAUGGGUGUCCGAGCGGGUAAAGGAACGUUCCAUUCUGUCGUCUAUUUCCAAUAUCUGGAUCUUCCCCUGGCUCCUUGCUCUCGUGGUCCUGCCUGCGACGAUUUCUCCAUGGGUUCGAUACGCCCUCAUUACUGGUCUCCUGAGCUACCCGUACUGCCACGCUAUCCUGGUCGGCUGGAAUGCGAAGAAUAGCAACAGUGUGCGCACACGAGCUAUCAGUGCAGCCCUGUACAACAUGUUCGUCCAGGCCGGCAAUAUUGCCGCGUCCAACAUCUACCGCGAGGAGGACAAGCCUCUAUACCGACGUGGAAACAAGAUCUUGAUCGGUAUCACCUCUGCUAAUAUCUUGCUAUUCUACUUCGUCAAGGUUUUCUACGUCUGGAGGAACAAGGUCCGCGACCGCAAGUGGAAUGCGCUUACCAAGGAGCAGCAGGAGGAUUACACCCUCAACACAACGGACGAGGGUCAGCAGAGGCUGGACUUCCGAUUUGCACACUAG